GUUUUGAAACGAAAAUAACAGGACAGGAAGGAGGAAAUUAACAAAUUUAUGGCAUGAGGAAUUGCUUUGUGUCGAUUGACAGUGCUUAAAAUACAUCCAAAAGACAUAGUACAUAGUACCACAAAUCAGAGAUUUUAUAAAGGAUCAGAAGGUUCACAUUUUCUGUCCAGAAUUGACAUAGUUAAAAAUAACACAGAUGUUCGAAACCGAAAGUAGGAAAAAUAAGUGAUACGACAUCGUCUAAUAAUAGGCUUUUACCUCAUGAGUUAAACAUACUUUGGCAUUUGGGGAACUCCAACAACUCAGAGACGUUUUCUACUAAGAUAACUGUUUGAUAUUGAGUGAAUAGAAAAACCUAUAAGUAUACAUUUGCCUGUAUUGACCAUGUCCAAAGAUGCCGUGGAAAAUGAGGACACAAGUUACAGCGCCCUCCCCAGUCUGAAUAUGGAGAACCUGCCAUCCGAUGUGAUGAACUUCGAUGAUCAGCUUAUGAAUCAGAUUUUAGGUGUUGAGCAGAAUGGCAUGUCACUGGACAGUGGGGAUAACUCCCUUAGCAGUCAUAUGUCGCAGGCAUCACAUGGAUCCCUGGGGUCCAGUGUGCCACAACCAUCACCAUUUGCAUCUAUAUUACAACCAAUUCACCAACCAGUAAUUAAUCCUUCAAUGGAAGUUGCCCUGGUGAACUCCAUCAUCAGAUUUAGGUAUGACUCUGAACUGAACAACAGACGUACAGGCAAGGAAGAGUUGCUGAAAAUCAAGUUUACUGGAGUAGAGGGCAAUGUUAAAGUUCUUCUCCACACUGUGGAUACCAACAACAAGAAAGCUCAUCCCUACUGGUUGAUAGGGGAGAAAUGUUCAGAUGGCAUGUUUGUGGCAACAAUGCCUAUCAAUAGUGCAAAUAACUAUGAAUGUACCUGUAAAGCUACCCUGAAAAUUCCCAAACGGAAUGAGUACCAAACUAGCCUGCAGGCCCGCCACAGGAAAGCUAUGGAACUCAACAUUUUAAAUAACAACAUAAAAAAUGAGGAUUACUGGACAGCUAAUAAAAAUAUGAAGGAAUGUCGUGAUUUCCGUCUCUACGUCGAAGCACAGUAUGAAGUUGCUGGGAAUGUUUACCACAUGCAUUGUAUAACACAUCCACUGAGUAACGCCAAGGAAGGAAAGUGCUUUAUGAUCCAUAGGAUCAUGCCCUAUGUUUCCCCGGUGUCUGGAAUAAAUAACUGCAAGGACUACAUCAUGAUUGUCCUGACUGCUGACUCCUACAUCCCUAAAGCUGUGGAGGUGGAGUUUGUUGACGAAGAAGUUGGAUGGUCAGCGAAGGCAGCCAAGGUUAACAUAAUUAAGAAUUGUAUUGAGUGUGAGGUACCACCAUAUCAAGACCAAGAUUUAAAAGGAGCAAGGGAAGUUAUAAUCAAGAUACAUGACAAACAGAAGUCCAUGAUAGCUGCUUACAACUUCAUGUACAAAGGGAACGAGGAAACACAAAUGGCAAAGAAACGCAAGAUGGCUGUCAACUACUGUGCUCCUCCUGAUUUACUUCAGGAAUCGGGGAUCAAGCCAAGUAGCUGUCCUGACCAAAGACGACCUGUGAUUAAAGCGUCAAGGAUAAGGAAACAAGGCAGUGGGGGUUUCAUUGUGGUGCCCAGGACUUCCCAGAGUAGCACUACUACUACAACAGAACAAACCAUCAGUCACUUUGGAAUCAAUGCCUUAGAUCAACUGCCCCAACUGAUUGUGAAGAAGGAGCCAACUGACACAUACGAAGGAGCCUGUGGGUACCAAGGCAACAACAGUGCUAUGUUGUCAGCUGGAAUGGCGGUGACCAAUCUCCUGACCAGAGGUCAGGACCCCAAUCUGCAGUCCAUGUCUGAUAACAGGACUGAGCCUGCCAUCUUUAAUCAAGUAUCCCUUCUUCUUCCUAGUGGAUCUGACGGAUCAGACAGGGAGAUUUCCAUGGAGACAAGCAGGCCAGCAUCCACUGCUGCCACUGCAACUAUUACUAAUGUGGGAGGAAACAGCAACUAUUCUCAAUCAGAUCAAAUGAAGAUUCAGAGAAUCAUGCAGGAACUGGUGGCUGGAUCACCAGGACAACCUACAGGUCAAAACGAGGUCAGCGAGCCUCAGAGUGUGGAUGACGUUACUGCAUUACUCCAAAGUGCUAUGCAAAAUGCUGGGGGACAGGAAAACUUGCAACUAACAAUACCAGAGGAUGUAUCUCAGAUGCUGAACCAGCCGAUGUAUUCUAUCCCUUCUAACCUUGGAGGUAGAGACAGCACACCCACCCAAUCCCUCACAGGAUUCCCAGCACGUCAAACCUUCAACCCUAGUCUUCAACGAAACGCACAGGACAUCCAGAAUAUGCUGUCAGCCCAGUACCAGUAUCCUGAUUACGAGGGAAUAGGGGCUACAGAGGCUGGCGACCUGGAGACAGAUGGGGACUCACAGGCACCAAACACUAUAAGACUUGUGUGGGAGCCCAAUAAAGAUUCUCAUGAAGAACCAGAGGAACUUUCCGAUACCGAAUCUGAUGGAGACAAUCAAUUCCACAACAAGUUCAGCUCACACACUGAGGAUAGUGAAGAACCAAAGGUUGUAAGGGCUGAGGCAGUACUAGUGAAGAGAACACAUCCAUCACCAUCUGCUCAGGUGUCAGGCAAAGAAUCUAAAAUAAAGGAUAGCUGUGACACUUGUAGCAAAAACAAAUCCUCAGAAAAUGAAAAGGAAAUUAAAGGGAAGACACAAUCAUUGCAGAAUGAAACAAGUGAUCUGGAGACAAACACCUGUUCCAACGACAGAAACAUGGUAGGUAAAUGUACCGACCAGACAGAUCGUGGUGUCUGUACUCGAGUAGGAGAGGUAGAGUCAGAGGAUAGUCUUCACCCAGAGUCACAGAGGCUGUCUGAUGCUGUGGAAGAAGGAAAGUCAACCAUACCUGAUACCAACAAAACUGACAAGCCUAAGGUUCAGGAGGACGUCAGCGAAAGUCUGAAGAAAUUGACCUUAUGAUAUUAACUAAAGGUGUGGAAGCUGUGCUCAUUCCAGUCAUUUUGUCAAUCAGAAUCCAAGGCCAACUUACUGGCAGGAUAUUGAUGGACAUAUCAUAAACAUUUAUAUCCCAUACAAUUGUGGCAGACGUUUCCUCAUGAGCUAUUACAAUUUCUUAAUGUUUUACAUUCAAAGUAAGGUUGAUAAUGUGCCUUCAACCCUUUAUUAUUAUGUUCAGUGACAGGGUUAUCAUUGGUCAGCGUGAUGAUGUGACAGAUCCACCACCGGUCAGUGUGAUGAUGUGACAGAUCCACCACUGGUCAGUGUGAUGAUGUGACAGAUCCACCACCGGUCAGUGUGAUGAUGUGACAGAUCCACCACUGGUCAGUGUGAUGAUGUGAUAGAUCCACCAUCGGUCAGUGUGAUGAUGUCACAGAUCCACCACCGGUCAGUGUGAUGAUGUGACAGAUCCACCACCGGUCAGUGUGAUGAUGUGACAGAUCCACCAUCGGUCAGUGUGAUGAUGUGACAGAUCCACCACCGGUCAGUGUGAUGAUGUGACAGAUCCACCACCGGUCAGUGUGAUGAUGUGACAGAUCCACCAUCGGUCAGUGUGAUGAUGUCACAGAUCCACCACUGGUCAGUGUGAUGAUGUCACAGAUCCACCACCUAUUAAUGCCCAACAGUUUUUGUUUGAAGGAAAAGUUGUGUGUCAAGGUGUGUAUCGGAUUGAUUUACUUGUGACUCACACUAAUGGGUUGUAACAUCAUGUCACUUCCUAUCGAUCUUUGUUCAAAUAUGAUUAAAAUGUGACAGAUCCACAACUGGUCAGUGUAAUUUCUAUGGUCUUAUUCUGUAGACUUGUCACAACGAAAUCUUUUUUUAUCAAAAUCUGUAAAAACUUCAAACUUGUGUUAAAACAGAGUUAUAUCCCGAUGGGUGGUAUAACUCGGGGCCACCAACUCCUAUUUUUGAUGACUAGUAGCUAUGGUUUAUUCUGUAACAGCUGGUUCUGAGGGUAAAUAUGAUUUGUCUAGUUUCUUCAGACAAACUGGAGGCAUUGUUAACAUUUAUAAGCCUCUCCAUCCAAAUUUGUAUGAUGUAAAACUCAUUACAAUGAUUAUGAAAAUUAUUUAUAUUUACGAGUACAUGUACUUGAUUGUACAUAUAUCCCCCAUUUCCAGUUGCCAGGUACUGACCGUAGACCGGUGGUUUUUCUCCGGGGUACUCCGGCUUUCCUCCACCUCCAGAACCUGGCACGUCCUUAAAUGACCCUGGCUGUUAGUAGGACGUUUAACAAAAACAAACAAACCAAACCCCCAUAUCCAAUGGCUAAUGAAAUCUGAAUAAUGUAUUGAUGUAUGUAUAUCAGUUGAAUUUGAUGUGUGUGGCAUUGCUUAGGCCCAGGUCAGCAGUCUGUACAUAUUAUAUACAAUUUAGGUAAUUGGCAUUUCUUGAUUCUGAUUGGCUGAAUAAAUUGUAGGAAAGUA